AUGAUAAACGAAAAUGAGAUUCAGGAACUUGAGGAUAUAAGAAAUGACAUUUUAAAAAAAAGCGAAGAAAAAUAUGACUAUACCUUUAUAAUAAAUAUAUUUUUAUUACUUGCUCAUUUUAUUCUUUUUAUUAUAAUUGUUUUUAUCUACUUGACAUAUCGAAACGAUGAUUUUACGAACUGUUUUCAUCAAACGUUUGCACACGUAUUACAAAACAAGUAUGCUAAUAUCAGUGAUAUAGAAGAUAUUCCAAAAAAAAUUGCUGAUUUGUCGCAUGUCUGCAACCAUGUGAGAAUCCACUUUUCCAAAUAUGAAAUGAGGGAAACUUACAAAUACCUCACCUCAUUUUACAAUUUGAACGCCCGAACUUUUGUAGACUACACAAUAAGGUUCAACAAAUUAUUCAGUUCCUCUAUUUUUAAAGGGCACACCAGCAUAAGCAUUUCUCACGUCUAUUAUUGGCACGAAUGGAUCCUUUUUAUUUUCUUCAAUCUUUGCACACUUGUAGUGUUGCUCAGGAAGAGGAAAAUGAACAUGCUACAUGCAUCUAUAGUCGGACUCAUUGAUCUGGGCAUCCUAUAUGAGCAGUUUAUAGACACCAUUGAGAAUCAUUCUGUACCCGAAAAAAUAGUAGAUCUUUUAAUUUGCUCGUACUACCUUUUUCUGAUGAUAAAUAUAUUGACCGAGUUGUCAAAAAUAUGCAAAAUUUUUACAAUUCCAUUGAAAAUAGUUCAGAUAACAAUUAAACACAAUUAUGUCUUGCUCAUGUUUCUCCUAAGCUUUUUGGUGUUAAUAUUUAUUAAUUAUUUUUCAAGCGGAGAAAAAUUCAAAAGUUAUUUCAAUCACGUGUUCACGUUUUCAGACGAUUCAAAAUAUAAAAAUGAGUUUAUUUACAAUUUUUUUUUUUUGUUAAUUUAUAAUUUCUUCUUUGUCCCUAUGAUCACAAUUGCGUCCACUACUACGACUUUUCUACUGAUAAAUAAAAACAGGGAUAUGUUUGAGCUUAAACCUCUAAAUAAUCAGCUAUGGGCCAAACUAAGGAAGUACUUCUUUUUCCUGGACGGGGAAUAUAAAAUGGAAUCAACCAAACGAAAAAAAGAAAUGGGAUACGAAGAAUAUGAAGAGAAAAAGGAUAGAAUAAAUAUAUUAAAAGUUGGAAAUAUAUUCCUGUUUUUCCUUUUUUUGAUAUUUUUUGUUCUCAAAAUAUUUUUUGACUAUAAAUCACUGAGUUAUAUUGAUGCAAAUUACACACGCCUGUUAAGAGAACCAUUUGUAACUAAGAUGAACAUGGAGAAAUCUUUCGACACGUUCACACACACGUCCGAGUACCUUGAUUUUCUCAAAGAAGUCAUAAUAAAUAACAUAAUGAGAAAUAAAAAAAAUCUGCAAAAUAAUAAAUUAUUUGAACUACAAUCCGAUUUCAAGGUACAAGAUGUUUUUGUUUACGAAGACAUUUUCCACAUUUUUCCCUAUGAUGUGUAUGUAACAUUCACUGAUGGAAAAGCAGUGUCACAGGAAAUAGCAAUAGAAAACCCUUUGCUUUCAAACGAACCUAUCACAGAAGUAAAAAUACUGGACGAGUACAACAAUUUGUUUGGUGAUAAACGUGAAGGGAUUAAAUACUAUCAUGCAUACGCCUUGCUGUACAAUUUUGAGCACAAUUUGUUUAUAUUAAUAAAUGCCACAUUUGAAGUCCAAAAAAAUGGUCUGUUCAGAAAAAAAAAAGACGUAUUUGUGCAAGAAAUGAACGUAUUUGACAACAUUCUAUAUAGGAACAAAUUAAUUAUUUUGAUAUUUCUCUUUAUCAUAACAGUGGCAUAUUUUGUGGUAGUUAUGUACAUGUUGUACUAUCUUAGGAAUCGCUUUUUCCUUCUAUUUUUUGGUUUUUUUUUCUUAAUAUGUACAUGUUUCUUUUCAUUUAAUUUUAUUACUUUAAAAUCUGUUAGCUAUUCGUAUGAAUAUGUUGAUCACAUAAAAAAUAAAAACAUUUCAGAUACAUUUAGCCUGGACAAAUUAAACAAAUUUAAGUCAAUAGUGCAUGAUUUAUUAAGGAUAAAAGUGUGCAAGUUUUAUGGGAAUUUAUUUUGCCAUAUAAUUCUUGUAAUGGUUGUUCUGAAAAUUUAUUGUUUUUUUUUUAUAAACUAUUUUACUUCUUUUAUUAAGUACAAGCUCCACUUUCUGUUUGUCACGACGUCUGUGUUUACCUCCGUCUUUUUUAUGUCCUUGUUAAGCUCGUACUCGUAUCUGGAUUCAAGUAUAAGCAUCCUAAAAUGGACAAUGUUGUUUUAUCAUAUUCAGACGAGCGAUAAGUAUUCGUCGUAUGAAAUGUUAAGCAACUUUCUUUUUUUUUUCUUCCUAUUUUAUAUCACGUCGAUAUAUUUAUAUAUCUUUUUAAAAAAAAAUGAAAAUGUAGUAAAAAUUAAACUUAUCGAAGAUAACGAAAAUGUAUUACCCUUUGACGAUAUGGUUAUUGAUGACCAUGACAUUUUAUUACAUUUCAAGGCCAUACUGUACACCCUUGAUAAAACUUUUGAAAAGGUAAGAAUAUUAAAAGAAAAGUAUAAGAUAAAUCAAAUUUUAAACCAACAAAUUCAGUGGUAUAGUCAAUAUUGCAAUCAAAUGCUUUUACAAAAAAAUUAUAUGAACAGUCAGAAAAACUUGUUAAAUUAUUAUGACAACAAUAUGAACAUGCCUCAAAAUGAUGUACAAAUUGCCAACACAGCCAAUAUCUUGAAUGAGGGUAAUCCUUUCUCUCAAAUGGAAAAUGGUGCAGUAGGGAAUGAUGAAAUAACGCAAAGUCCUGUCGAGAAUCAGGAAGCUACAAGUAAACAUGGGGAUGCCCAACUUCUAAAGAGAACAGAGGGUAAUGUCCAAACGAUGGAUCCAAUAGACCCAAGGUCUUCGUGUGAUAAACAAAGCAUAUAUACUUCAAAAGAUGAAUUAAACCUCAAAAGUGACAAUAAAUAUGAUUUUGCACAACCAAACGAUGUAAUUUCUCCUUCGCAUCAAUUUAAUGAAUUCGAUAUGAUCCAGAAAACGGAAAACAUGAAUUUUUUCUUCACAAAAUUGCUAAAUGCAAAAUACGACUUUGGAUUUUUGCAUGAACAGGAUAGUAAGAAUCAAGAAAAUGAAAAAUAUGGAAAAAAACUACUAAUGAACUUUUUCAAAAAAGGGAUAUAUGACAAAACUGCAACUAGCAGAAGGGAAAAAAAAAAGGAAAAAAAAAGAACUCAACUGAAAUACAUGCUAACAAAUUUAAUGAGAGAUUUGUCCAGUAUAGAAAAUAUAAAAAUUUCCUUUACCUAUAUCCUAUUUUUGAAAAUAAAACGACAUGUACUAAUUCAGAAGACAAUUCAAUUGAAUAAAGUCAAGGGGGAACUGAAGGCUGAAUAUCAAAACAGAGUUCUCUAUAAGAAUCAUUUGAUCAAUUUACAAAAAAAAAUGGCUGAAGAAAUUGUAGAAAUGGAAAAAAAUAUACUCAUACAAAAAAAGCUGAAAGGCACUCUGAUCCAUGUCAUAGAAGACGGAACAUUUUACCAUAAGGAGGAAGACAAGGUUGAACCUGCCAGCGAGGACUCUUCAGAGGUCACAUCAUCAUCUGCCCGUGGUGUGUUUGGAGCACCGGUACUACCUGAGAAGCAUCAAAAAUGA